AUGAGCGGUAUUGCCAGACGCAUUCUCGACUCCUUGUUUCAGGAAAACGCAAAUAGGAAGUUGACUCAUGAAGUGUUCGGGACCCUCAUGGCUGAGGUAUGUGCAAUUAUCAAUGCCCGGCCCCUUGUGCCCGUUUCCACUGAUGCAGAUGACCCAUUCGUACUCACUCCUGCUAUACUUCUUACGCAAACGACAGGAAGUCCUGCGGCGUUCUAUGAUCAUCUUGACGUGAAGGAUAUGUACCGAACAUCAUGGAGGCAUGUACAAGUCAUGGCAGAAAGGUUCUGGAAUCGCUGGAGAAAGGACUAUCUGUCUACCCUUCAGACGCGUCGUAAGUGGCAUCAGGAAUGUGACAACGUCAAGACAGGCUAUGUCGUUCUAUUGAAGGACAGGAACGUACCACGGAAUGAUUGGCCACUUGGGGUCAUUCUUCGCGUCUUCCCUAGUGAUGAUGGUCUUGUCAGAAAGGCAGAAGUCAAGGUCGUUCGAGGCGACAAAACCGCAACCUACAUACGUCCCAUUAUUGAGACAAUUCCGUUAAUCCAGUGA